AAUCAAUCUUGACUUCUUUCUGGGCACGCUCUAGUCUCGCAUCCUGAUUAGAGCUCCCUCGUCGUUAAACUGCUGUAGCAGCGAAACAAUGGUCCAGUGUAAACCUGGGCCCCGGGGGAUUUCCCAAGGGAAGAGGGGUGCAGCCUGCAGGAUAAGGAACAGUCACCAGAAAGUUUCCUGGUCAGCUGCAAGCGCUUCCUGUUGUUUCAGGAGAACCCUCCAGGAGAGAGGCACCACGCAUGCUUUGGUGUGCUGGAAGAAGCUGAACAGUGCCUGAAGCAGGUCCACCAUGCCGUUAGUAACGAGGAACAUUGAGCCAAGGCACCUGUGCCGUCAGACGUUGCCUAGCGUUCGAAGCGAGCUGGAAUGCAUGACCAACAUCACCCUGGCAAAUGUCAUUCGACAGCUGGGCAGCCUGAGUAAAUUUGCAGAAGACAUAUUUGGAGAGUUGUUUACUCAAGCCAACACCUUUGCCUCUCGGGUGAGCAUUCUAGUCGAGAGAGUUGACCGCUUGCAAGUCAAAGUCACUCAGCUGGAUCCCAAAGAGGAAGAAGUCUCCCUGCAAGGCAUUAACACCAGGAAGGCCUUCAAAAGCUCCACUACUCAGGACCAAAAGCUCUUCGACAGAGAUUCUCUCCCCGUGCCUGUCCUUGAAACCUAUAGGACCUGCAAUACUCCUCCACCUCUCAACAUUCUCUCACCUUACAGGGAUGAUGGCAAAGAGGCGCUUAAAUUCUACACAGAUCCUUCCUAUUUCUUUGACCUUUGGAAAGAGAAAAUGCUUCAGGACACCAAGGAUAUUAUGAAAGAGAAGCGGAAACAUAGGAAAGAGAAAAAGGAGAAUCCGAACCGAGGAAAUGUGAAUCCGCGGAAAAUCAAAACCCGUAAAGAAGAGUGGGAGAAGCUGAAAAUGGGACAAGAGUUUGUAGAGUCAAAGGACAAACACGGUCCUGCCGGGUACCCCUCUAACAUGGUGUAUCAGAACGGCAGCAUUGGUUCAAAUGAAAGCAUGGAUGUGAACUGCUACCCGCCACCGCCGCAGACUGACUCUAUUGUGCCACCACCUCCUUCAUUCCCAGAUGACAGCCUGCCUCCGCCCCCGGUGGAAUUUAGCUAUCCUGUAGACAACCAAAGAGGUUCUGGUUCUGGAGGGACCAAACGAUCCAGCCUGGUUAGCCCGAGUCACCCACCACCAGCUCCUCCGAUCGGAUCCCCCUCAGCAGCCAGGCCGGGCUUUGCUCCCCCUCCGGCGCCACCUCCACCACCACCACUGAUGGGAAACCCCCCUCCACCACCGCCGCCUCCUGGCCCACCGCCUCUGUCUUCCAGCGGCCCGGAUGGUCCCCCACCCCCUCCUCCACCCUUGGACACCUCCACCUCCAAGCCCAAGUCAUCCUUGCCUGCGGUUAGCGAUGCCAGGAGUGAUCUACUUUCAGCUAUUCGUCAAGGCUUCCAGCUCCGCAAGGUGGAGGAGCAGCGGGAACAGGAGAAGCGGGACGUUGUGGGCAAUGAUGUGGCAACGAUCCUGUCACGCCGCAUCGCUGUGGAGUACAGCGACUCUGAGGACGACUCUUCGGAGUUCGAUGAGGACGAAUGGUCGGAUUAACCACGGUCCCGUCCCCUUCUUCCCCUCCUCUCCUGGGUUAACAUCAUCUUAAAGAAUCAGGUGGCCAAACCAUCCACCACUUCCUCUUUCAUCCCAUAACCAAAGAUGUGCCAAGGAUUUUCAGACAACCAGCAGCAUAUCUCCCCUCUUCCUACCCCUCCGGCUUUGGCAGGACUUUGUGCUCUGCCUUUCCAAAAGGUCUCCUCACGGACACUGAGGAUGCGGUGUCGGGAUUUAGCUGGAGGGGGUGUAACGGUUACUUAUUUAAAAGAGAGCUAAACCUCCAGAUUCUCGAUGCCACCAGGCAGAGCACAUAUAAACCCUCCAUCCUGAGGGAUUUUUAAAGUAAAGAUGGAUGAUCCUGUUGCGGCCGCAUGGCCUUUCAGAUGAAGGACAUUUUCAGCUAGUUUUCUCAUUGCAACAGCAGACAGUUGAUCUGAUGGCUCUUCCUUUCCAGUGAAUACUGGUAGUGCUGCAAGAAAAUGGGCUUUAAAUGUCAGUUCUCUGCUGCAUCCCACUGUCAAAUAAUCAGGUUUUGGCAAUAGUGCACAAUUCUUUCCCCUCUGACCCCCUAGUAUUAUUUCCAGACGGCCCUGCGUGGGGUGUGCUUCCUGGCUCUAGGGCUGUGCAGUGCAUUGGGUGCAAUGUGAGGAGGGACUUUUUUAAUUAUAAUUAUUAUUAUUACUAUUUUAAAAGCUGCCUUUACCUUCCUCAAAUCUCCUGGACUGUUUCGCCAAGUCUGCCAGAGGAGACUUGCACAAAGGGAUGCAAAGCCGGAGCAGAACGGUUGCUCAGCUUCCCGCUUCUGGGAGAGCAGAGCCACUGCCCCACUGAGACACAUCUGUGUGGUCAGCACCGAGCGGUGGCAAAACUCCGCUUGGCUGAUUUCUCCAAUUCAUGCUGAGAGUGUGUUUAAAAAAGAGAGGGGGGUGGGGGGAAAAGUGCCUAGAGCAGGGAGAUGGUGUGGGGAGAGGUCCUCUGAACACCAGGCACUUUGAUCUUCUUUGGCCUGUUCAGGGCAAUGCUGCAGUCAGUUUGAAGAGGUGCUUUUUCUAGCCGGGUGACCAUACUUUCUACACAGGGACUCGAGUAGCGGAAAAUGCUGGUAUUACCUUCGCUUCCUCCUCCCUUCCACCUAAGGAGGGGAGUUUGUGUGCCUAAAGAUGUCUUGUGUGCGAACUGAGUUGCCCAUCAGUUACAUCAGACCUAACCUACGUCUUUUCCCAUCAUUUUGUUGUUCUAAUUCAUUAGUUAAUUUUAAGAAAACAUGUUGUUGUUUUCUCCUCACUAACCCUAUGAAUUCCCAGGCUGCCCAGUACAGAUGCAGUACUGGCAGGGGGAGAAAAUGGAGAACUUGAACUAGCUGACCUAGGUUUUAUUGCUGUUUUAUAUUCCCUUACCUAGAAUAUAAGCAUAUUUUGUAAAUCUAGAAACAACUACCCCCAAUGCUACAGAUGUGUAUUUCAAUUUGGACGUGACUCUCUCAGCCAGGGUCACGCAAGAAAGCAAUUCCAAAGCUUUUUGGAGAUCAUGGGUCCAGCUGCUGUGGGUUGGGACCAGCUGCAUGCCCCAUUAAGAGCAACUCUCCUUUGCCUUUCCUAUUUUAAAGUAUUUUGCCAGCCUGUGCCUGUUCUUUCUUCUCUGGCUUGCCUUGUUUAAUGAUGUUGCUGAUACCUGGAACGCCAGGCCCAGCCUGAGGCUGCUGCGUUGCUGAAAAUCCUUCUUGGGGUUUGAUUGAUGGCUUCAGUUUGUGCCACUGAGUUCUUACUGAUUCCUUGUGUGUGUGCGCGUGCAUUUUUAAUCUUUGAAAGAGCAGAUAAGGGCCUGGAGGAUGGGCUUUUCUGGGGUGCGGAUCAAGCUGAGAUCCAGCGCGACCCUGAGCACAAUCAGGAGAGAUUUACUGGACCGCUACACCAUCAGAUUUUUGUCUGCAAAUCAGCUGCUAGGCAGGAUGCAAAGGGCGUAGACGGUGAGGCAUCCCGAUGGGCUGGGAACAUCUGAGCAGCGCUAGUUCCAGGUUCUGGAAGAGGGAACAAACCCCUCGAGUGCCAGUGAGCCAUUGUGCAGCGGAGGGACUUGGAAAUGCAAACUGAUUAUUGCUGCGAGCCGGGUAAGGGGAGCUAGAGGAGAAUCGCUGCCUCUUGUUUUUCUGCUCUUUCUGUAAGCAUCCUCCCCUGGCUUCUCUCGGAGACAGGUUCCUGGGGAAAAUGGACCUUUAAGCUAACCCGGGCUGACAGCAUUAUCACACAGGGAGGCGAGGAGCUUGCAAAUGCCAAACCUGGGUUAAUUUUAAAUUGCCUUAACUAGACUUGGCCCCUGUUGGGAAAGGGGGAGCAAGUAUUCCUGUCGUGUGAAAUACAGGAAAGUGCCAUAUUCUCCGUGACCCAGAUGGAUGGUUUGUCAGGCAGGGCCAUGCCUCGGGGCGCUGGGGACAGGGUUGCCCCACGCGCUGCCUGUUGCACAAGGAUGCUGUGUGGGUGAUCUGGCAUGGCCGCGGGUGGAGUCGGCUCCUCCGACUGCCUCGCCUGCUUGCAAAGCCCUCCUGGCAGCGGGAGGGACGCUGCUUUGUCCGUGCAAGCCUGCUGUAACCACCCUCUGCUUUCAGACUCACAUCCCGAGGUGAGAAUCAAAACUGCUGGAUGCUAAACAGGAGGGUGGUGGACAGAUAGGGAAGGUUGGUUGGUUGGUUUUGUUUUCUUUUUUUAAAAACUUUGAUUGCAAAAAGAAAUGGCAUGAGCCUAGCGUGAAGAUCCCAGAGAAACAACUGGUGUAACGUGACCAUCUUGGAGUAUCGUUGCAAAAUCACAGAGCACUUGGGCCACCAAGUAAGCUUCAUAUUUCUUAAACCAGUAGGGGAAGAGGAGAGGUGCCAAAAACAACCUUUGCAAGACAGAGCAGCUGUGCUGGAACUGCAGGGCUGCUGCCCCAUGUAGACCGAGGGCCUGUGCUGGACUCCCCUGCCAUCUUUGUCAUUUCGUGUUAACGUACUCCUUCCGCCCUUUUUACCGCAUGAGGCUGGCUCAAACGGCACGGCAGGCGAACCUCAAGCAUUUCACAAAGCCAAAAAGCGAGAGCUGGGCAGCUGGGGUCCUCCCCGUCUUUCCAUUUCAGCCCGACCCGUGUCCGUAUGGAGCCGCAGAGCCGGAGCAGCCAUUUCGCCUGUCCUGGGAGCCGUUUGCUCAGGGCGUGCUUGCUCCCUCCCCGCACACAGCGAGUUUGGGCAGGCCGCCGCUGCCUUCCUCUUCCCGACGCCGCGCUCCUGGUUAAACAUUCUCCCGGUGUCCUCGCCCGCAGUGCUUGGCUGCUGCUCCCGGCAGCCUUUCCCCCGCUGCCCCCCUUCCCGCACUCGCAGGGAAAGCCUCGUCCCGGCUCCCUGGGCUCAGCCUGGAGCCUCAGCCGCAGUCGGUGACCUUCACUGCUUUCUCCUCUCCUUAUCAGACCCAAAGCACCAGACCAGAUCGAGGGAAGGGGCUCCUGGAGGUCCCAGAUGGCCGAGAAACUGUGCGGAGUGUCAUUUCAGGGAAAGGAUAAAAAUAUAUAUUUUUUAGGUUUUUUCCAGUCCAUGAACUUAUUUAAGAUGCCUCUUUUGGAAGUACCUGCCCUUGGCGGGCUCCGGUGGGGAGCUGGCUGGCAGGGCUUCGCGUGGGGCAGAUGCAGCUGCCCCGGGUCAGGUUUCCUUGCUGUUGGAUUUCGGGGGGUAGCUUGCCUUCUCUUCCUUUUUAAAACAAAGCCUUGAAGCGGGAAGUGGAUCCCAUGUUUUUAUUACUGUAUUAACAUUCAUUUUAAUUCAUUUCAGAAACUAACCCAUUUUUCUUCCUGAUUAGAAUGUCAUAGAAUUAGACGAGCUGUAACCCUCCUGAAGUGCCUUAUUUUCCUACAUGAUAUAAAUAUAUUUAUAAGAGUAAUUAUUCCACUUGUAUCUUAGGGGUUUAUUGCUGAGCAGAGGAUGUGGUGGGAGGAGAGGUGGGAAGUGCCCUCGAAGGACCCAGCCAGGCCGGGGGUCGGAAGGGCGAUGCCUGACGGCAACUCUCAGGGUGCAGGGGGUUACUUCAGACCAAAGGAGUUUCAGCAGUGAAACUCUGCUUAGAAAAAAAGAAAAAUAAUGGGGGGGGGGGGGGGGACGACGACAAAAAAAAACCCCACCCACAACCUCAUGAGCAAAAUACUGUAGAUUUGUUUGGUUUUCUUACCCGUGCAAAAGAAACACUGGUGGCCAGGCUCUGCUGCCUCGGGCGCACGAUGCAGCGGGUGCAAAGCUGCUGCCGCUGGGGGAGCAGAGCCCGGUCCGUGCCCGUACCUGUGCAUCCCAGUGCAGACUCGCUGCCUCCUGUCUGCCUGUGCGAUGUCUGUCUGUGCUUUCCCCUGUCGGUUGUUGUGUAAGCCAAGCUUUCCUGCUGCUUUAUUUUUUUUUUUUUUUUAUAAUCAGCUCAGUAACCCCUGAAUGAAAAUCCCAAUUACAGAUUUUUUUUUU